AUGGUGGACAGCGAGAUCCAAGCUCCUCUUCCUGGAGAUGCUCACCCUCCCGGAACCUUUCUUCUCAUCAGAGACGAUGAAGCCGAAGUAUCCGGUCGCGAUAGAGUAGUCAUGCUCAGCCCUGUUCCAUCAAAAGAUCCCAAUGAGCCGCUGGUCAGCUAUACGCAGCUCAACCAGGUGAUGUCGGUUAUGUUCGUCGGGCUGGCGAUGGGAUGUGUGUUCUUUAUACCUUUGGCCAAGAAGUAUGGCCGACGUCCGAUUUACUUGGUGUCUACGGCGCUGAUGCUGGUCACUUCGUUCUGGACUUCGGAGCUGAAGAGUCUCACGGAGCUCUAUAUCGCAAACCUUCUUCAGGGGUUGGCGGGGGCGACCAACGAGGCCAUUGUUCAAAUCACUAUUGCGGACUUGUUCUUUGUGCAUCACCGCGGCAGCAUGAAUGCCCUAGCUUCCUUUACCCCUAUGGCCGCGGGGACCCAAGCAACCACAGAAGGCUGGCGGUGGUCGUACCGGACCCUUGGCAUUUGCAAUGCCAUUCUCUUCCUGCUCUUCAUCGUCCUCUACGAGGAGACCAAAUAUUCAACGGUCAUUGAGGGCAUCCGGACAGGAUCAAUCGACGAGACACCGGCUGUGGACGGGCUGAAAGACGAUAGUAAAUCAACCAUGAAAGCCGCAGACCAACCCGAAACCGUCAGCGCCAGCAACCACGAAAUCGACAGCACGAUCCCCAUGCAGACCUGGCGGCACCGACUGCGUCUGUCGAGCUACACCCCGGAGCCCAUCUGGCCGUACUUCUACCGCCCGUUUCAAGUGCUACUCACGUUUCCCGCCGUGCUGUGCUGUGGGUUGCAGUAUGCGUGCGGCGUGGUCUGGCUGACGAUUCUGUCUAACGUGAUUUCGCGAGUGUUUCCGAUGCCGCCCUAUCACUUCACCCCGGCGCAGAUCGGCUACAUGAGCCUGGGGCCGUUCGUGGGCAACCUGAUCGGCUCGUUCUACGGCGGGUUCCUGGGCGACUGGUCGAUUCUGUUCUUCUCGCGACGCAACCAGGGGUACUACGAGCCAGAGAUGCGGCUGUACAUUCUGCAUCUUCCGGCGCUGGCGCUGUGCGGGGGGUUGAUCAUGUUUGGGGUGACAGUGGACCGAGGCAUGCACUGGAUCCUUCCGAGCGUGGGAGGUGCGCUGUUCGGCUUUGGCCUGGGGAGUAUCGGCGAUGCGUGCUUGACUCUGGUGAUUGACAGCUAUGUGGAUAUCACCGGCGAUGCAUUCACGGGGAUUGCCUUCCUGCGGAAUGCGUUUAGCAUCGGCAUCCCGUUCGCGAUCACGCCGUGGAUGGAGACGAACGGACUGACGAAGAUGUUCAUCGCGUGCGGGUUUAUGAGUCUGGGGGUGACGAUGACGCUGGUGGGGAUGGUGGUGUAUGGGAAACGGAUUCGACGCAAGACGGCGCGGCGAUACCGGGAGAUGGCUGCCAAGGGGAGGGCUUAG